AUGCGUCCUCAGGUCAGCAGAGCAGAGGAGGCCCAGGUGCUGCCAGGAGUCAAGAGAAGACCUGUAAGUCAGCCUUUGUCAGAGCCGCCAAAGUUGAGUUUCUCACUUGAGGCCUCUUACGCUGUUCCUCUAUCUCCUGCAGGCUCCCAUCACGCACCUUCCUACCUGCUGUCCCUGACAAGAGCCAUCAUGCCUCAGGAUCAGAAGAGUGAGCACUGCAAGCUUGAGCAAGGCCUUCAGGCCCAGCGUGAGACCCACGGCCAGGAGGGAGCGCAGGUUCCUGGUGGUGAGGAGGAGGAGGCCAUGAGGGCCUUGUCUGCCUCCGCUGCUAACUCCUCCUCCUGCUCUCCCCUGACACUAGAGUCCCUGAUAAUGGAGGAAGGGUCUACUGCUGGGGCAUACAGUUCACCUCAGAGUCCUCAGCGAACCUGCACCUUCCUCUCUGCCAUCUCAGCCGCACAAGCGACCAUGUCAGCUGAGGGCCCAAGCAGCCAAAUAGAAGAGGAAGCCAGCAGCCAAGUAGAGGAGGGGGCUGGCAGCCCAGUAAAGGAGGGGUCCAGCGCCCAAGUAGAGGAUGGAGACGGCAGCCAAGUAGAGGAGGGGGCUUGCAGCGAAUUAGAGGAGGGAGAUGGCAGCCAAGUAGAGGAGGGGGCCGGCAGCCCAGUAGAGGAGCGGGCCAGCAGCCAAGUAGAGGAGGGGGCCAUUGCUCUGAGGGCCCUGCCGGACACUGAGCCCUGGCGAAGAAACCGGCUGGGCCAGAAGGUGAUUCAUUUAGUGAAGUUCUUGCUCCUCAAGAAUCGAAGGAAGGAGCCCACCACGAAGGCAGAGAUCCUGUCUCUGGUCAUCAGAAACUACAAUAGCCAUUUCCCCGUGAUCUUCAGGAGGGCCCUGGAGGUCAUGCAGCUGAUCUUUGGCAUCGACAUGAAGCCAGCGGGCCCCACUGGCCACUCGUAUGUUCUGGUCCCCACACUGGGCCUCACAUACGAUGGGAUGCCACCGGGUGGUGUCCCGAGCGCACCCAAGACCAGCCUCCUGAUCUUGGUCCUGGGCGUGAUCUUCCUUGAGGGCAACUGUGCCCGUGAGGAGAAGAUCUGGAAAGUGCUGGGCAUGAUCGGUGUGUAUGCUGAGCAGGAGCACUUCAUCUACGGUGAGCCCCGGAGGCUCCUCACCCAAGACUGGGUGCAGGAGAGGUACCUAGUGUACCGACAGGGGUCCAGCAGCCUUCCUGGCUGCUCAGAAUUGCUGUGGGGCCCGAGGGCCCACGCAGAAACCAGCAAGAUGAAAGUCCUGGGGUUUCUAGCCAAGGCCAGCGGCACUGACCCCAGUUCCUUCCCAUCCCACUAUGCAGAGGCUCUGAGAGAAGAGGAAGAGAGAGGCCGAGCCCCAGUUGCAGUCAGGGCUCGCACAAGGGCCGUGGGCUGUAUCCAUUCCAGGGCCACGUCCAGCACCUUCUCUUGCCCCCUGGGGCCUGAGGGCGACCCUCCCUCUGUACUCGAAGAGGGGGGUCACCAGGCCAAGUAGCAGAGGGCCUGGGUGGGCCAGGGGACACGGCACAUAGCACCUUUGUGAACCUGUUCAUCUUUGUGUUUCCUUGGAGGUUUUCAAACGGUGUUCCUUUUCAGAGAAGGUUUGA